GUGAGACGUGUCUACACUCGGCAAUUAAUACACACAGUCACGGGAAUUGAUAGCGAAAAGAAAACGAAAUUCUGAUUUUAUCGUCGAGUUGUGUUAUCCUCGACAAUCGCGACUUUGCAAGUCGGAUCUGAACACGUCGUCGGUAUUGCGUACAAUUACUUCGCCAGUUAUUUUCUGUCCCGUUUCCUUGUGCGCUGAUAUUAAUGUUAUUAUCAUAACACCGCCCUCUACGAGUUACGACGCCCGUCAUAUUUCUUUGUGUUAUUUUGUUUUUACGAUUUUUUGAAAAUGCCAUAGGUAUUUUUUUAUUUGUAUCACCAUGAAAACGAAACCCUUGAUUAGUGUUAGUACGAUGUUUACAGUAACAGCGACGACGUUCAGUUUAUAAGGCGAGUUUCGACGGGUUAGUUGAGAAAUUUAUGCCUACGUGAUUAGAUUUUGUUUUAUUUACAUUUUUAUUUCUAUUUAACCUGGAAACCUUGGGCCACAUAUUUAUAAUCGAAUAGUGUCAAGUUGGUGUAUUUUUUCAAGUUUCCCAUAUCUGUAUCCAGUUUGAUAUUAUCAUAUACCUAAGUAUCAUGGAUCAUCAACAGAGAUUGAACUAUUUCCAACAAAACCGUAAGUAUUAAAAAAUUAAUUUUCCAACUUUACCAGUUUAACAUACCUACCUACCACAUACCUAUAUAUAUUAUACAUACCUAUAUUAUAAUAAUAUUAUGAUAUAACAAUGGGUUUUUUUGAAUUGAACAAAUUUUCUUUUUUCGCUCAGCCAAUUCCCUUCUAAAUGGACAAUCGACAUUCAAUCGAUCGUCCAUGGAUGGUGUCCAGCCGACUCUUAAUUAUUUGGGUAAUUCUUGUAUCUUUAUUAUUUAUGUCUACCUAAAUACCUACAAAAUUUUAACUAAUUAAUUUAAUUGGUACAUCUGUAGCACAUAUGAAAAAUGGCUACUUUUAAAUUCUGUAAAAUAAUCAGUGAAUAUAUGAUAAAAAUAUUUAAAUGCAUUUUUACAGAUUACAUAUCUGAAUUAGUGUCAAAGAUCUAUAAAGAUCUAUUUAUACAAUAUUUACUUAAAUAUUUUGUUAUCAUUAUAGAUAUGAUUUUUCAAAAUUGUGUUUUCUUUGAUAUACUCUCUAUGAAAUAAUAUUAUUAUCUAAUAUAUUACCUAAUUUUGGUAUAAGUGUGUAACCAAUAUUAUAAUAAAAUCUAAUUAAUUGCCUAGGUAUGUAUUAAAUGUAAUUACUAUAUCUACUUAAUAUCUAAAAAUAUAGUACAUUGUACUAAAAUUUAUAUUAUUUUAAAUUUAGUUUAAUAUUUUCUUACAUAUAUAAAAUCAAUUUUGAUUUUAGAUCAAUGUAGGCAAUUAAAAAGAUAACUUUUAAAAUAGGUAUCACAAUUAUUAAGUAAAAAUGUAUAGUAACAACACACAUAGGUAUUAUUACAUGUAUUAUGUUAUUUCAAUUAAGUGCCUUAGUGCCUAUUAAAAAUUACGUGUUGAAUACAAAAUUAGGUUCAUUAUAUUGUGUUUAUAACGUAAAUGUUUAAACAAUUAAGAAAAUAAUUUAUUAAGAUUUGUCUUUAUGUAGAAUUUUUGUUCGUAAAAUAUCUAGGUAGACAUUUUUUUAAAUUGUUUACAUUUUUAGUUUUUCUAUAAGUAAUAUACCUAAUACUUCAUACAAUAUUUGUUUGUGGAGUAAUUCAUUUUAUUAUAAUUCAUUAUUUUAGGCAACUUAUCGUCAACAUCUUCUCAGGAUCAAUCACCAUUUCAGGACACUCGAAAUACAAAUCCUGUUGCUGGUCCAUUAAUAAAUAAUCACUUAUAUCAAACAGAACCUUCUAAUCACCUGCCACAUCCAUCAGGUCCACCUAGGACUAAUGCUAAAGGGAUUUAUGAAAACUCUCUUCAGUCUUCAAAUUCAGUAAGUAAAUAGAAUUUAUUAUAAUUAAUAGUUAUUAGUCAAAUUCCUUCAGUGUUGUCCAUGACAACUAAAUUUAUUCCAUAAAAUAUAGUUUAAAUCCCUGUUUAAAUUAUACCUAACUUACCAUCAACAUAAAUAAUAUUUUUUAAAAAAUAUGCUUUAAUUCUAUCUGGUAAAUGAAUUGGUAUAAGUAUAUAUAUUAUACAAUAAUUAGUUAAUAAUGAUUAAUAUAUACAUUUUAAAAUGAAUAUUACCUAAUUUAAAAACAAAAUGUACAGAUACUAAUAAUUUAAAUACAAUUUCAGUGCUUAUAGAAACCUAUAGAUCAUAUUUCUGGCUAGUUUUCUUUAUAUUUUAAAACUGCACAUUUUUUAUACUUGUAAUAAGUAAGUAUAUUAAAGAUAUUAUAUAACUAUUGAAUAUUUAUACAUAAAUUGUUUGUUAUUAUUUUAAUCUUACAACAUUCUUAUUCUUUGAUACCACACCAAAAAGUAAUUAUAACAAUAUCUUAUUUUUUAAUUAAUGAUAAGAUAAUUUCAUCUAUAUUCUUAAGUACCAUUUUAUAUCUAUAGUAUGCCAAAAUAUUUUAAUAUUUAUUUUGAACGUGAUAAAUAUUUAAAUUAAUAUUUAUAAGGCAUUAUAAAGUUGAACUCCCCUACUUAUUACACUUUUAAUAUUAUGAUUUAGUUCUUACGACUUAUUAUUAUUUAUUUUUCAGAAUGUCAGUUUUGCUCAAUCAAAUGCUGAAAAUUAUCCAAUUAAUCCAGACUUUCAACUACAACCUCAUCUUACUGGUUUGUUACAACAACAAUCUAAACGAGUUCCAGAACUUUAUCCAGUAGAUUCAAAUAUAACAUCUAUAGCAGAAAAUAUGAACACAAAUCAUUUUUCUUUAAAUAAAUCUUAUCCAGAACCUAAAAUUAUUGAGUAUGAUUUAGAAGAGACAUCUACUGAUAGUUCACCGCAACAUACUUCAUCAUUAUAUUCCGAAAGUACCGAUCAGGAUUCUGAAAGUAUACAUCCGAAUAAUGUGUAUUUGAAACAUACAUUAAAUAAACCUACUGAAUGCCACAUAACAAAGGAAUCAAAAACAAUAUUGUCUUCAAAUCAAGAUUAUCCAGUACCAAGCCAAUUUGCAGAUUUAAGCCUUAACAGGAAUGAUAGUAUUGACAAUCAUCAUUCUAUUUUGCAUAAUACUUAUAGUCAAGUUGUUGAUGCUGAUAUUGUUGAAGACAUUCCUUUAUCUGAUAAUAUUAUCCAACAUGAAAUAGAAUCCAAUAUAGAAAAUCCAGAAUUACAAACUAAUGAACAAAAAUUUGAUUAUUAUGCUAAUAAAAAUGAAUCUAGCACUAAUAAAUUUAAUUAUCAGAAUGAACAUGGUCCAAAUCCAUAUUUAAAAAGUAAAACUAAUCCUGUCUCUUUUAAUAUGGACAGCUCUUCAGACAAAACAAAUCUUUCUCAGUUUAACGAAGGGCUCUAUUUUAGUCAACCAAAUUCUUUGGAUCAGUCUAGUUCGUUAAACAGUCCCAGUUCACAAACACAGAGUAAACCACUAUUUCCAUACAACAAUACUGAAAUUUUAAGUCAUAAACAAGAAUCCUCAAUUAUCAAUAAUCUUAGUGAUUGUACACAGUCAGGGGACAAAAUUCAACAAAAUAAACUGAUUUUUCAAAAUUUAAAUGCUCCUACUGAUAUUAAAUUGCAAUCCAAUAUUAUCAAUAGUAAUAAUCAAUCAACACCCGAAACUCAAAUUUUAAAUAAUCAGAAUAAUUUUCAAUCUAUAAGUUCUAGUACUUCUAAUUUAUGUAAACAGCAAAACUUACCAUAUACCAAUUCAAUUAAUCAACAAUUAACGUAUAGCUCUUCAAAAUCAUCUGCCUCUGAAUUUUUAAAUGAUAUUUCAUCUAUAACUAACCAACAGUUCACAAUAUAUAAUUCAUCAUUAACAUCAUCUGUAUCAUCUACUCAAUCUGUUGGACCUAUUACUUCAGCAACCAUAUCGACUUUAAAUGAUUCAUCUACAGUCAAAAUAAAAGAAAAUUACAAUGAAUCACAACAUCAGACAUCUGAUGAUCAAGCUAGUCAAUUAUUAAAUAAUUUAUCCAAAUCUGAUAAAAAUAGUCUAGUUAAUUCAAUUAAACAGGACUUGAUUAAUACUUUAAACUCUAAGUUUGAUAUUAAACCUUUACAAACGCCUAAUGAUAACUUGAUUAAAAAUCAACAAGAAACAAUUGCUAAUCAUUCUAGCUCUAUAUAUAAUCAAUCUAAUGAAAGUCAAACAGAUUAUGUUAAAUCACUUCCUCCGAUAACUAUCACUACUUUUACUCAACCUAAUAAUUUAUUUAAUUCAAAAAGUACUACUUCUCAAAUAGAAACAACUUAUUAUCAAUCAUCACAAAAUCAAUUGACAUCACAGCAGUCUGAAAAUGGUAGUAUACAAACGCCAAGUGAUAUGUUUUCCAAUAAUUCAGCACAUGUAUCCAAUUUAAUAAAUCAUCAAAACCUAAUGACUGCAUCAACUGUAGGUCAAAAUGUGGGUAAUUAUUUUUAUUCUACCAAUACAAGUAAUCAAUCUGUAUUCAAUCAUCAAUCAUCUAAUUUACUAUUUCAUAGUCAACAAAAUUCAAAUACUCAAGACGUAGUAAAGCCUAUUACUUCAAGUUUUCCACAUUCAGAAGAAUCUAAACAUUGUACAAUGUUAUCUCACAUACAAAGUUCUCCACUAAAUUCUUUAUCUGUAAAUCAAAAAUCACCAUUAAUGAAAAAAGAAUCAGAUUUAGUUGAGUGUGUGGAGUUAGAUUCCUCUAACUCAAAGGAUAUAUUAAAAUUAAACUCUAUAGAUUCUGUAAAAUCUGCUGCAACAUUUCAAUCCAACAAAUUAAAUGUUGAUUUAUUAGAAAAUACUGAAAUUAAAACUUUCAAUUCUCUAGCAUCAAAUAUAUUGCCACCUAAUGAUCAGUUUUCUAGUAUGACAAUUGAUAAUCAGCAAAAUUUACCUGUUAGUCAAACGUUUGUCCAGGAACCAACAUCAUCUGCUUCAUAUUUUUCAAAGGGAACGUUGAUUGAUAAAAAAGACCUUUCUUUACAAAAUUUGUCUUCUACUGUACACGAUACAAAUUAUUCAACACCUGAUUUAUCAGAAGACAAUAAUACCCCUCAAUCUGUAAUGAAUAAACAAACAGAUUUGUUGUCUUUAAAUCCAGAUCAACCAACAGCUCAUUCGUUUUCUUCACUGCCAAUAAAUAAUGAGUCUGCACUCAAGGAGCAGUUAGAAUCUAAUAAAUUUCUGUCACAACAAUCAAGUAAUAACAAAAUAACAUCAAAUUCUGUUCCUCCACUGAUGUCCAGUAAUCAAUCAAAAUUAGAGAUUUUAUCAUCAUCUUUACCUGUAACAAAUCAGUAUGCAACAUCGUUGUCCAGAAUUCAAUCAUUACCUAUUGUAGUUCCACACAAUUCAUUAUAUGUUAAUCAGUUAUCGCCACAAAUAUUCAGUACUCAAUCAAACAUAGAUAAUGUAAAAUCUAGUGAUUCAACAUCAAAUCUGAAUACAAAACAAUUGUUUAAUAAUCCACCUGUACCAAUGCACGGUCCAUCUACUUCAUUUGGUGCUAAACAAUUCCCACAUCAAAUGUUUGAUAAUCAACCAAAAUCAGAUACUGUGGCAAAUCAGUAUUCAUCUGAGACAUCCAAUAAUCAAUUGACAUCUACUAAUAUAAGGCCACCUAUUUCAAAAGAAAGUGUUUAUCAGUUUGCUUCACAAAUGUUAAAUAGUCCGGUCAAAUUAGAAAUCAUGCCUCCGCUUCAAUCAACGAGUGGGUAUCCAUUAGUACAAUCAUUUAAUAAUCAAUCAAUCCAAAACACUAUUUCAGCAGUUUCAUCUGCAACCAACCAAUUACAGUCACAGAUGUUUGCUGAUCAACCUAAAUUAGGUACAUCACCUCUAAAAUCAACCGAAAAACAAUGUCAAACAAAGUCGUCUAGUAAUCAAACAAUGCUUAACACUGUUCCACCAGUAUCUUCUACAUCUAGUUUUUUACCUAAACAGAUGUUUAAUAAUGCAUCUAAAUCUUAUUUAUCUUCUCAAACUCCGUCCAAUCAGUAUCCACCACAAACGUUCAAUAGCCAGCCAAGACCAAAUAAUAUUAUGGUGCCCCCAAUUUUUCCAGUGUCAAAUCAACUACCUCAACCAAAUUAUUCAAAUAAUCAACCAAAACCAGAUGACAUUUCUACUACUCAAUCAACUAGUCAGAUUUUACCUCAACCGUUCAGUCAUUCAACACCAUAUCAGGUUCCACCUCAGGUGUACACAGGUGUUCAACAUAAAUCAAGUUUCUCUUUUCAAUCACUACCAAGCCAACCUUUAUCGCAGCCACUUAAUAACAUUCCAAAAUCAAAUAUAGUUCCACUUGUAACUUCAACACAAAAUCAAUUUUCCCCACAUAUGGUUGGUAAUCAAUCAGGAUUAGAUUCUGACCAAAUAAAUAAACCAACGGUUAGUCAAUAUUCACCACAAUCGUUGAGCAGUCAAUCUUUGACUGCUAUACCGUCUAUUCAACAAGGAACCCCCAAUCAAUUUCCAUCACAGCUGUUUAGUAAUCAGUCCAAACCUAACAUUUCUCAGUUUUCUCAAUCGACCACAAAUCAGUAUCCUUCACAACCAUUCAUCAACCAACCUGGCCAACAAAUUUUAUCAACGUCAAAUAAUCAACAACCACCUACUAGUAAUCAGUUUUAUAAUCCAACAAAUUCAACUCAAUUAACUUAUAAUCAAUGGACACCUCAUCCCUCGACUAUGAAUCAAUUGAGUAAACUGUCAACUGCACCAUUUUCAAAUGUACAUUUUUCAAACCAGGCUAAUCAUAGUAUGUUACCACAACCAAUAGCUACAAAUUUGCAUUCUAAUACUAGUAUUAAUCAACAAACUCAAAAAAAAAUGUUGCCACCAAAUCUGUUGUCUGCGAAUAAUUUUUAUAAACAAGGUAAUGAAAAUAUCAAACAGUCUCUUCCACCAACUAUGUUACCGAAUCAAAAUAUGCAAAUGGGAUCCAAAGAAUAUCCACAAAAAAACAAUAUCGACUAUUCUAGUCAAAUAAAUUAUCAGCUAUCAAAUUCAAUUCAGGCACAACAAGGAUUUCAGCAACAAGACCCGUAUAGACCAGAACAAAAUGCUUCAGUGGUUCAACAAGGAUUUGCCAAAACAUGGGUAAACACAAUAAUAUAAUAUAUUAUCAUUAUUUUAAAGACAAUAUAUUAAAAUGUAUUAAUUUUAAAAUGAUAUAAAUGAUAAAAUUAUAUCAAUAUCUCAAGGAAUUUUAACAUUAUAAACCUAUUAUUUAAACAUUAUUCAGAUUUAAAAAAAAAAAAUGAUAUUGAUACAACGAUUCUUUAAAAAAUAUUAAAAUAAUAAAAACUGAAUAAUAACAAAAAAUAAAAAAAACAAUUAUUAAAGAAUCAAUUUUUCUUCAUUAUCUUAAAUAUUAAUGAGAAUUUCAAAAAAUGACUUUUCUAAAAUAUCAAAUAGUGCCUAAAUACAACAAUUUUAUGUCUCUUGUCAUAUUUUGAUUAGAGCAAGAUUUCUAGAAGAAAAGUUGUUUACAAAAAAAAAAAUUACAAAUCAAAAUAAAACCAAAAUAGAUUCCUUGUUUCACUUAAAAUCUAAAAUAUAUUGUUUGAGAACCCUAUAAAUAUUACUGUCGAAAAGUAAUAUUAAUCAAAAUAAUUUUAUUUAUAUUUAGGGACACGAUAAUGUUGAUUUAUUAAAAUCAAGAGAUGUUCUACCAAGUGAUGGAGUUCAACCAGCAGAGAUAAAACUUCCUCAAGGAUAUGCUAAUUGUGACAAUUGUUCUCCAGAGUAUGUUAAAUCAAAGAUCAUAAAAUAUUAAACAUUAUUUAUAUUUUAUUUAUUUGUCUAGUAUAUUCCGCUGUACAUUAAACAAGUUUCCAUCUUCCAAGAAUUUACUAGAUAAAUCUAGAUUGCCAUUAGGAAUAUUAAUUCAUCCUUAUAAAGACCUUCCAGUAAGUAAUUGUACCAUGUGAUCCAUUCAGUUUUAAAUUAUUUUUUUAUCUGUUAAAUACUUGUAAUUAAUAUUUAUUUUAGUGCUUAACUGUCAUACAAUGUGAUACUAUCACAAGAUGCCGCAAUUGUCGUUCAUAUAUAAAUCCAUUUGUUCAAUUUAUUGAUAAUGCUCACUGGAAAUGCAACUUAUGCUAUAGAGUCAAUGAUUGUAAGUGUAGUGUUGGACAAUUGAUAUAAUAGAUUGUGUUUAAUGCCAUAUUUUCUAUUGAACUACAGUACCUAGUGAGUUUCAAAUCGAUCCAUAUACAAAAACACUUGGUGAUCCGUCAAGGAGACCAGAAAUACAAAAUGCUACCAUUGAGUACAUUGCUUCACAAGAUUAUAUGGUGAGUUUGUUUUCAUGCAAAAAUAUUAUUCAAUAAAACUUAGUUUUUAACAUAAUAACUAAGUUAUUAGUUAAAUGUGUUUAUUUGUAUUUACAUAUUAUACACUAUUUAUUUUAGGUUAGACCUCCACAACCAGCUUUAUAUUUGUUCCUUUUGGAUGUAUCACGCAAUGCCACUUUGACUGGAUACUUAGAAAUUGUUUGUGAACGAAUUUUGAAUAAAAUUAUGACCAAUGAUAUACCUGGAGAUUCACGAACUAAUAUAGGUUUUGUCACAUUUGACUCGUGUGUUCAUUUUUAUCAAAUCGCUAAUGGUGAUGGAGGACGACCUAAACAGCUCAUUGUUAGUGACAUAUCUGGUAUGCAUUAUUUAAAAAAUAAAUAAAUAAUAUUAAUUGUAUAAGUUUUUUAAUAUUAUGUUUUUUUAGAUAUAUUUCUACCCUUGCCUGAUGGUCUUAUAGUAAAUUUGGAAGAAAACAAGUCGUCUAUAAAAGAUUUGUUGACCAGUUUGCCAAAUCUUUAUAGGGAGUCUUACGAUAAUGGUUGUGCUUUGGGAGCUGCUCUUCAGGCAGCAUUUAAAAUAUUAGCUCCCCGAGGAGGUCGUGUUACAGUGUUUCAAGCUUGUUUACCAAAUUGUGGGCCUGGUAGUUUACAAGCUAGAGAUGACGGGACGGCCCAAACUGGAGAUCGUGUGCAGCAUAUGACUCCGUCGACAGAUUUUUAUAAAAAACUAGCUUUAGAAUGUAGUGCUGAACAGAUUGCUGUUGAUAUAUUUUUUGUGUCUUCACAAUAUUUAGAUAUAGCUACUAUUUGUAAGUAAAAACAAUAAUACACUAAUAAACUAUCUAUUUUAAAAAUUGUAUUUUGUUAAAUAAUUUUAAUUUUUAGCUGGAAUUUCAAAAUAUUCGGCUGGAUGUGUGCACAAUUUCUCUCAGUUUGAUGUCAAGUCUCCAACUAUAGUAACACGCUUUAUUAACUGUUUUGAUCGAUAUCUCACUCGUAAGAUUGGUUUUGAAGCCCUCUUGAGACUGCGUUGUACACGUGGUGUUGCCAUACACUCUUUCCAUGGAAAUUUUUUUGUUCGGUCGUCAGAUUUGCUUAUGAUGCCAAAUGUUAAUCCUGAUAAUGCUUAUGGUAUGCAAUUAUCUAUUGAAGACAAUUUGGAUGGAGUUUCUAUUGUUUGUUUCCAGGCAGCGUUACUCUAUACUUCCAGCAAUGGUAAUAUUUACUAAAAAUGUAUAUUAUUAAAUCAUUUUAUAACAAAACAUCAUUUAUGCUACAGCGGAACGUCGCAUUCGAGUGCACACACUUUGCAUACCAGUUACUGACAAUUUAAGUGAUGUUUUUCAUAAUGCCGAUCAACAAGCAAUAACAUGUCUAAUAGCUAAAAUGGGUAGAUUAAUAAAAUAAAGUUAUUGUUUUGUUAAAUUAACCAAAUACAAAUUUCUAUUAUAUAUUGUUUAGCCGUUGAUCGAAGUACUGAAAAAUCUUUAUCUGAUGCACGUGAAGCAUUUUUUAACGCUAUCUCUGACUCUCUUUCUGCAUUUAAACUUGGUUGCUCAUCUUAUGGAGGUCUUGGAACAAUGCUAUCACCUUUAUCACUGAGGGUAUUCCCAUUAUAUAUUCUAGCUAUGUUGAAACACGUAAGUAUUUAUAAANAGAACUAAUCAACCUACUCGACUUGAUGAUCGAAUGUUUAGCAUGUGUCAAAUGAAAAGUUUGCCACUAAGUUGUCUUAUUCAAUAUAUAUAUCCAGAUCUAUAUCCUAUACAUGCUUUGGAUGAACAGGUAACAAACAGUUUAAUUCUUAAUAAUUGAUUUAACUUAAGAUAAUUAUAUUUUGUUUUGUCAUGUUUUUCUAGCCAAAAAUCGAUUAUGAGAAAUUGACAGGAAUUCCUCUUCCACCUGUGCUACAACUCUCUGCUGAACGAAUUGAAUCUAAUGGCAUCUAUUUAAUGGAUGACAAUGAAACAUUGACAAUAUUUAUUGGACAUAGAUGUUCAGAUCUACUUAUUCAAAAAUUAUUUGGUUAUGUAAAUCUUAAUUCAAUGCCAGAACUAAUUGUGAGUAAAAUAAUAACAUCAUCUAAUUUAGUUAUUUGAUAAUGUAUACAAUGGAAGUGGUUGGAAAUACUAUAGUUUUAAAUUGUUGGUAAUUUUUAUUCUGGCCUAAGUUCAACUCCAUGUCCAUAGUACCCUCACCUCAACAUUUAGAACAUUUUUUUGUGCCAUUAGUUUUUGAUCCACAUGGUAUUAUAAUUUUUCUUUAUAAUUAUUAUCAUAUUGGCGACAUUUGUGUAAUAUUCAUAAUCGUGCUCACAAAUGUGUUAAUUUUGUGUUGCUUAUGUAAAUACGCUCCCCUUAUACCCCAGCAGAAAAAUUUGACUAUCUCUGGAAUGUGUUGAGCACAAAUAACGGGACCAAAUGUACAAAAGAAUGAUACAAUCAAAUUUUCAAAAUAUUGGUGUGGGGGUGUGGGACAUGGAACUUGUUUCUUCUAUUUUUUUUUUUUACACUUUUUCAAUUUUAUUUAAAAUUAAGUUUUUCAUAUAAAUUGUAAUAGAUUUGUGGUCCACAUUCCUUCUAUUAUUAUUGAUCAUUGCGGUUAUUUUUCAUAUAGAUUUAUUAUUAUAUUAUUUAUUAUGCUCAUGAAUAAAUAAUAAAUUAUAUUUACAAUAUAUUUUUUUUUUUUUGUAAAUUUUAGACUACUCUAACAGAAAUAGACUCCACACCAUCAUAUCUGCUUCGCAAUUUCAUUUCCUAUGUGCAACAUUUUAAACCAUAUCCACUACCUAUAGAAGUAAUAAAGUGAGUAUUUUAUUUUAUUUAUUUUUUUUUUUCAAUAUUAAUGUAAAUCAUAAAUAUUUUGUAUUAAUAUUUUAGGGACAAUGGACCACAUAAGUUACGUUUCUAUAGUAGACUAAUUGAAGAUAAAUUUGAAUCAUCUUUAUCAUAUUAUGAAUUUUUACAGCGGCUCAGUCAGCAAGUUAGAUAAUGAUGGUUUUUUUUUAUUGGGACUCAUUGGAGCUGUCUAUGAAAUUAUUGUUUUAUUGAAUUAUAAAUAUUUAAAGAAAAUGAUAUUGAGAUGAGUUUAUAUUUUGUACCAUCAACCAACCAAUUAUUUGUUAUUUUUUGAGUUUUAAGAAUAGGUAUAAAAAAAAUUUAAUUUAUAAAUAGUUUUUUUUUUUUUUUAUUGAUUAAGGAAAAUUAAUUUAAAAUUUGUUGUACAAUAAUCUACACACUAGAUAUAUUAUUAAUUAAUUAUUGUUUUUAUUGGUUAUUGGCCAGCUAUGUGUCUGGUAUUAUCUAUUUGUGAAAUUGUUUUAUUAAAAUAAUGUUUAUUCUAUUUUUAUAUGUAUAUUUUUUGUAAUGCUAUCUGAGCUUAUUCUUCUAUUAAUGUACAUACAAGUUCAACAUUUUCCUAUAUUAUGUAAUAAUGUAUAUAACAAUAUGUUGUACACAUUAAAUCAAUCUUUUCAGAAAAAUUCCCGCCCAAAUUGUUUUAUUUUAUUGGUUAUUUUGGAGACUUAUCAUUCUAAAAAAUAAGUAAUAUAAAAAUUGUAAUGCCCCACAGACUUCUGAAUAUUUUUCCGAGCUAUGAUAUUUAGUUCUUAUCUUGGCAGUAUCCAGUGCAGUCGUUAUAGUGAAUUGUGUGUGUACUUUAUCUAACAUGCCAUUUGGUAUGUGCUGAUCUAAUGUUUUGCCAACAAAAAAAAUAACUUGCUUUGUUUGUAGAAAGUAAUUCCAUCAACAUUGUAUAAAAAAUUCUAUGAAAAAAAGCAUUGAUGUGGUUAAUUAGACUUGUGAUGUUUGUGUGCUAAAAUUAAUUAUCAAAAAAGUGUGACUUCUAGAAAAUUUAAUCUUAAUAGUUGAUAAUAAUACUGUUAAACUUAAAAUAGAAGAUAAUAAUCUAAAAACCAUUAGAGAUGAUAUGAUUAUGUUUAAAAUUGGCAAGUCAGUAAAUUUCUGUUCUGGAAUAUUGGAUGAUUUUAGCAAAAAAAUAAAGCAUCUUCUAAAGAAAGUUAAUGUUAUUGAUAUAAAGUACACAAAUCUUGAAAAAGAUUUUAAUUUAUUUAAAAUAAAUCUGACAACAAUUAUUAGUUAAUUGUGAAUCAAUAAUUAGCAUUCCAUUUACCAACAAUAAAAAUAUUGAAGAAAUUGUCAAGGUUACUACUUAGUGCUUUAGACGUUGUUUUUCGUAAAGAAGAUAUUUAGUCUUAUACUAAAGCUAACAAGAACUAGGUCAGUAAAAUAAUAGUUUGGUUUAAUAGAAUCACAACCAAAGAUUUAUUUUUUAAUAAAGCCUAGAAACUUCGAUUAAAGAAACUACAAUUAAAAUCAAACGUAAUACGUCUUUCCCUGGAAAUACUAAAUAUGUAAAUCAUGAACUUAGAACUACAUUCCGAAAAAUAUUUUAGAUGACAAAACAGCAAAUGAAGGACGAAUAGCUAUCAAGAUACAAUCAAUUAGUGAUUUAUGUAAACUAAAUAAAGAAAAUAAAAAAAGUCACCUACUUGAAUCUGGUUUAGAUACGUCAUCUAGGAAAUAGUUAGUGAUACAUUAAAUAGAUUACUAUAUCUAAGAGUUGAAAAAAAAAAAAAUUGAUAAUUUGAUUUUAAAUGAAAUUAUUUGUUUCAUUAGUAUAAAAACUUGUUACUUUAAAAACUUAUCUUUUUGAAGACAAUUUGGAUGGAGUUUCUAUUGUUUGUUUCCAGGCAGCGUUACUCUAUACUUCCAGCAAUGGUAAUAUUUACUAAAAAUGUAUAUUAUUAAAUCAUUUUAUAACAAAACAUCAUUUAUGCUACAGCGGAACGUCGCAUUCGAGUGCACACACUUUGCAUACCAGUUACUGACAAUUUAAGUGAUGUUUUUCAUAAUGCCGAUCAACAAGCAAUAACAUGUCUAAUAGCUAAAAUGGGUAGAUUAAUAAAAUAAAGUUAUUGUUUUGUUAAAUUAACCAAAUACAAAUUUCUAUUAUAUAUUGUUUAGCCGUUGAUCGAAGUACUGAAAAAUCUUUAUCUGAUGCACGUGAAGCAUUUUUUAACGCUAUCUCUGACUCUCUUUCUGCAUUUAAACUUGGUUGCUCAUCUUAUGGAGGUCUUGGAACAAUGCUAUCACCUUUAUCACUGAGGGUAUUCCCAUUAUAUAUUCUAGCUAUGUUGAAACACGUAAGUAUUUAUAAAUAGUUGUUUUAAUUAUGUAUUAAAUUAUUUAUGUAUUACAUAGUUUACAUAUAAUUGUUUAAUUACUUAUAGUCAGCAUUCAGAACUAAUCAACCUACUCGACUUGAUGAUCGAAUGUUUAGCAUGUGUCAAAUGAAAAGUUUGCCACUAAGUUGUCUUAUUCAAUAUAUAUAUCCAGAUCUAUAUCCUAUACAUGCUUUGGAUGAACAGGUAACAAACAGUUUAAUUCUUAAUAAUUGAUUUAACUUAAGAUAAUUAUAUUUUGUUUUGUCAUGUUUUUCUAGCCAAAAAUCGAUUAUGAGAAAUUGACAGGAAUUCCUCUUCCACCUGUGCUACAACUCUCUGCUGAACGAAUUGAAUCUAAUGGCAUCUAUUUAAUGGAUGACAAUGAAACAUUGACAAUAUUUAUUGGACAUAGAUGUUCAGAUCUACUUAUUCAAAAAUUAUUUGGUUAUGUAAAUCUUAAUUCAAUGCCAGAACUAAUUGUGAGUAAAAUAAUAACAUCAUCUAAUUUAGUUAUUUGAUAAUGUAUACAAUGGAAGUGGUUGGAAAUACUAUAGUUUUAAAUUGUUGGUAAUUUUUAUUCUGGCCUAAGUUCAACUCCAUGUCCAUAGUACCCUCACCUCAACAUUUAGAACAUUUUUUUGUGCCAUUAGUUUUUGAUCCACAUGGUAUUAUAAUUAUUAUCAUAAUGGCGACA